AUGGUGGCUGAGUUCAGGCGACUGCACCAGUUUCUGGAAGAACAGGAGAAACGUAUUCUGGCCCAGAUGGCAGAAGUGGAGAAGGAGAUUGCAGCCAAAAGGGAGGCGCACCUGGCCAGACUCUCCAGGGAACUCUCCUCUCUUGACAGCCUCAUCCGGGAGAUGGAGGAGAAGCUUCAGGAACCAGCGAGUGAACUCCUUCAGGUGAGGCCUCAUCCUGAUGUGACAGGGUGGAGUGUGCUGCUUCAGACUACAGGCAUUUCUUAGUCCUUCCCCACAUAAAAAUACUGUUGUCAGAGGAACAAGCAGUACAUGACAUAGCAGCUAACUCCGAGAGGCCAAGGUCCCUUAGACUGCCCAAUAAAAUAUUUGAGGGGGCCAGCCCCCCCCCCCACCAAUAAUGGGCAUUUCUAUUGAAAUGGGGUUUGUGUGCUGCAUCUUGUGAUUGAUUAUGUGGGGCGUAGCUUACCUGCCCACCCCCCAAUAUCUUCUUCAAGUUGUCACUAGAUCAAAGCACAGGCCCUUUCUGUCCUGCUUCCUGUUCUUUCAUUGGCCAACCAGAGGUCUCAGGGAAGCCCACAAGCCAAUAGGGCUCUGUAUUCAAUUAACCUUUACUCAGAGUAGACUAUCUUAGGUCCAUUCAUUUCAGUGUGCCUGAGUAAAAGCGAGUUGAAAACAACCGACACAGGCAUUCCAAAUUGGCACUGCAACAUCUUUUCAUUCAGAUGCUGUCUUGUGUCCAGCCAGAGAGGGGGUGACCUAUUAUUAUUAUUAUUAUUAUUAUUAUUAUUAUUAAAAUAAGUUUGUGUACCACCCAAUACCCACAGGUCUCAGGGUGGUUCAUAGGAUAUGAUUGAGUGCGGGAUGUACAUAGCAGUGAACCGAUUAGUUGCAUGUGAACACGGAACCAGCAUGCGCUGCAGGGCAAAAUGGCAAAUCAGGGAGGUGGGAUUGAAUCUCUCAGGUGUUCGGGUGACUUGGUCAAAAGAGAAGAAAGGGGCCUUUUAUUAGUCAUCACUGGAAUGGCUGACUUUUGCCAUCUGAUGGUUAUUCCAAAAUUAUAUGGCGUAGUGUAUUUUAUUGGGGGUCUUUUGUUUUGUGCUUGGCUAACCUCUCUCUGCUUCAGCUGCUUAGUAUAACUGACCGCAGGGCUCUCUGCAGAAAUGGCUCCACGGAUAUAUUUUUCUUUCCUUCUUUCCAGGAUAUCAGAAGCUUCUUGCAGAGGUAA